ACAAAAAGUCUGCUGUGGUGUCAGGAGCUCUGUGAGUCAUGCUGUUAACAUGGACAUGUUAACACAUUCACAAUAAUGAUGCUAACAUGAUUAUAUUUAACAGGUCUAAUGUUAACCAUGGCUGUGUUAGCAUCCUAAUAUGAGCUCUACCACCAAUAAAUACAAAGGACAGGAGAUAAUGUAAAUGUCUUUCAUUCUCAGGGUAUUUGGCCAUAAAGCAAAGUGUAGAAAACAGAUCAAAUGCUCACCUGGUGAUAGCAUUAGAUGAAAAUGUGUUGCGUAUUUGUUGCGUUUGUAUUAGCUGCUCCUCAUUUUUCUGGGUAUGAUGGUCACUGAAGGUGUUAAGGUAGACUUUGUGUAUAUUUUAAAUCAGGUCAUGUGUAUUGUGUGUGUAUACGUCUUGGUCUCUGGGUGUUAUAGUAAUGUCAUCAAAGGAUGAGAGCAGCUCUGUGAUCUGAUUCGGAGAAGACACUUCAACAAACAAUACUGCUGACAUUUAAUACAACCAGCUCGUCUUCCUACCACCAAAAUAAGAGAGCAGCAUGGUCAGCACAAAUUUAAAACAGAAACAUGACAUCAGUCAGUUUGUUGUUAAUAUCCAGACAACAACUCAAAUGUGAUUACAAUUUUAUAAGUCCUCACUCACGUCUGAAACCUGAAGGUCAAAUACAUUCAUUUAUCAGAAACAACAUGGCAGUUGUGGCAGAUGCUGAUCCAUCAUCCUCAACAACAAAUUUCCAACAGCUCCUUUGUCCAGUGUGCUGUAACUCUGUUGGAUCUACCUAUUGAUAAUCGCCCCAUGUAGACUUAGAGCUUUUCUAUCAAAGAUCAGCAGCCAUGUUGUGUCUGGAUUUAUAUCAGUUACAAAAAACUCCCACAGCAGGUAGAUUUCCAUCCAAAUGUAAUGCAAAUUUUGAGAAAACGGCUGAAGAAAAUGCAUGUUACUGCAUGUUUCAUGCAUGUUAGGUUUAGGGUCAGCAUGUUAGUGUAUGUUAGUAUUAUUAGGAGUUAAUUCAUCAAGAUAUAAAUUAAUUAAAGGAUUAUCUUAUACAGCUGGUGGAGCUCCCUGUGCAGCUGGUGCCAUUAAAACAUAACAGGAGAAAAGGACUUAUCUUUGUUAUUAAAUGAGCUCCAAUCAAAGGUCAAACUAUGUCAGACCAUGUGGGAAACAUGAUGAAAUUAUGACAUUUCUGUUUGUUUCACGUAUUAAUGUGAUGGAGGUUACAGUCUCUUCACUGCUCUGCACAAAUCCGAUGUUAUCAGUGAUAAGUUAUGUUUAAGUUCCAGUUAUAACUGCUAAAAGUGGCUACCUAAGGAGAUUACACUUAAUUGAAAUUGCAUUCAACUUAAUAUAAAUACAUUAUCAUCUAGUUUAAUAUUGCAAAGUUAUAAUGACUCCUGAGCAGAGUGUGACCAUCUGAACAAAGUUCCAUGAAAAUUAUUAAAAGUGGCUCACAAAUACAUAGUUUUAUUUGAAGAAGAUUCAGUAAUUUUCUUCAACACUUGCUCACCGUAGAUUAUGCAUGAGCAAAUUGUGCUUUUUUGGGGGACUUUUUUCAGUGGUGGAUUAAUCCACAUGUAGUGUAUGGGGGAUAGACUAAAUUUCCCAGUUUUAUUUACAGCAACCUGAGGAACAACAAUCAGCAGACCUCAUGAUGAUGAAUGAAGACAAAAAUCUGACAAACACAAACUCAGUCUGCAGUCAAACCGCUAACAGGAAAGCAGACACAGCACUGAGCAAUCACCUAGGACAGGUGACAGCAAGAUGUUGAGUGCAGCCCAGCAGCUGUGUUCAUGGCCUCCAUUAUGGAUAAUGUGACACCUGGCAGCCCUCCAAGUGAGACAGCCCUCAAGGACCACAACUACCUGGCCCUGGUCCUCGGCAUCCCCCUAAUCUUGGCCAUUGUCCUGGGGAACAUCCUGGUGUGUCUGAGCGUGCUCACUGAGCGCUCCCUGAAAACUGCCACCAACUACUUCAUCAUCAGCCUGGCAGUGGCUGACCUGCUGCUGGCGGUGCUGGUGCUGCCACUCUACAUCUACUCUGAGUUUCUGGGUGGUAUCUGGACAUUCAGCACCCACAUGUGUGAUGCACUGAUGACUAUGGAUGUCAUGCUGUGUACCGCUUCCAUCCUCAACCUGUGUGCCAUCAGCGUGGACAGGUACAUCGCUGUGGUGGUGCCACUGAAGUACAACAGGAACCAGUUCAGUGUCCGUCAGCUGGCUCUUAUCACUGCUACCUGGGUGCUGUCUCUGGGUGUGGCAAGUCCUGUCAUUUUUGGUCUGAACCAGGUGCCAGGUCGCAAUCCCAACAUUUGCAAACUGGAGGAUGACCGGUUUGUGGUGUACUCGUCCAUCUGCUCUUUCUUUGUGCCUUGCCCUGUCAUGCUCUUCUUGUAUUAUUGGAUGAUUCAAGGCCUGCGGCGAUGGAGCAGUCGCAGUCGACCUCACACUGGUGAAGAUGGUCAUCAAGCUCUCUCUUUACAUCUCAGCUCGCCUUUACAGCGAGCUAAAGCCACAACGACCAGGAGUCAAGUUAAAGUUGUGUACGCUACUCCGGCCAGUCUCAGUCCCACCUCACCAUCCACUGUGUCCAUGAUGACACCCUGUGCAACACCAGUGACUGAGGAGCAGAUGUACGGGACAGCAGUUGUGGCCGAGAGCGACCAGAUGACAACGCAGGUGGAUAGCCUGUCAGAUGGUGAACCCACAGAGAGGACGGAGGGAGGCAGCAAGAGAGAGAACGGCCUGAUGAAGACAAAGAGAGGAAGAAGAAACAGUAAGAGCAGCAGAGUCAGUGGGAGGGAACGGAAAGCCAUGAAGGUCCUGCCAGUUGUCGUCGGUGUGUUUCUGGCCUGUUGGACACCUUUCUUUGUUGUCCAUGUCACCAAGGUGUUGUGUCAGUCUUGCGACAUUGGCCCAACCCUCAUCUCUGUGGUAACAUGGCUCGGUUACGUCAACAGUGCCAUCAAUCCGAUCAUCUACACAGCCUUUAAUGCAGAGUUCAGGAAUGUCUUUCACAAGCUGUUCUGCUGUCAGAAAUAAAGCAAAAUCAAACUGAGUCUCAGACAUCCUCACACUGUCUACAAUUUUAUUAUCUUUUCUACAGAAAUGUUUUUUAAAAGCCUCUCAAACACUUAAAGAUUCAUCCUGUAAAUUGUCACCAACAGGAAAAAGGUUUCCAACCAAAGCCUUACUUCAAAUCUCAGCUGGACAAGGUGUGUAAAUUUUCAGAAGGUUUUUUUCUUUUUUUAUUUUGAACUUUUAUUGAUAUGAUAGUGACUAAAGCUGAGCAGUAAGUCCACAGCGCAGCCCAGAGACAUAAAAUAUGUGCAGAAUUAUAAAUGUGUUAAGAUAUAUGAGUGUUUUGAUGCUAUUGUUUUUAAAGGUGCAGGGUGUUUACAGACCAGUGUUGAUUUAUUUUCAUUUGUUUUUACAGUUGAAUAUUUUUUGUGAC